AUGCCGCCGAUCCUGCGGCUGGUGGUGAAGUGCAGUGCUGCUGGUUUAACCAACCUGACUGAUCCUCCAACAUUCAUCUUACUUACUCACGCGCAGCUUACUGAACAAGUGCAAGCGCUGCAGAGGGACAAGGAGAUACUCAAGACCAACCUGAACAAAGCAGAGGAGGAGGUUAAGUUGCUGUUUGAGGAGAACAGAGCCCUCAACGAAGCAAACAAGAGGCUGCUGUGCUUGCUGGAGAAGGAGCAGAAGCAUCGGUCCGAAAGAAAGCACUCCGCCAGUAAUUCCACCAAGGUAAAAAGCACCAACCAACCAACCAUAAAGCUCACACAAGUAGAACUAUUAGUUGAAACCAUGAAUUACCCUGUGCUGCUGAAGAUGAGUAGUUGUAGGAAGAUGAUGCCCUAA